ACUACUACCAGCGUUACUAUAAAUGGGACAAGGCCUUUAAGCCCUAAUAUAAUCUAUCCUUUAAUAUAUGUUACGACUUACGAGUAAUAAACAGAAACACACACUUGCAUUGCAUGCAGAAAGCUUAUCUUCUCGCCCUAUUUUGUUUCACACUUUCACAUAUUUUGUAAUAUUCAUUUCAUUGAUCAAAUUAUAUGUACAAAUUAUAAAAAAAAAAAAAGAAAAGAAAAAAAAAAAGGCUAAGAUCAAAAUAUAGAGGUGAAGAAUUUCAUUGAUCAAAUUAGACGUUAGAGAGUGAGAAAAUGGGAGAUUAUUCAAAUGGAAGCUCAAAUUCGUGCGUUAAAAUCCCAGAAAUCAAGUUUACCAAGCUCUUCAUCAAUGGAGAAUUUGUGGAUUCCUUUUCAGGAAAAACCUUAGAGACAAUUGAUCCAAGAAAUGGUGAAAUGAUAGCAAGGGUGGCUGAAGGAGAUCAAAAAGAUGUUGAUUUGGCUGUCAAGGCGGCUCGGAAAGCCUUCGAUCACGGGCUUUGGCCUCGGAUGUCCGGAUAUGAAAGGGGAAGGGUGAUGAUGAAAUUUUCAGACUUAAUCGAGGAGCAUGUGGAAGAACUUGCUGCAUUAGAUACAAUGGAUGCAGGAAAACUCUUUGGAGCAGGGAAGGCCCAAGACAUCCCUGGAGCAGCUCGCUGCCUACGAUACUAUGCAGGAGCCGCUGAUAAAAUCCAUGGUGAGACGUUAAAGAUGUCACGUUCAAUGCAGGGUUACACCCUAAGGGAGCCCAUAGGCGUUGUAGGCCACAUCAUUCCAUGGAACUUUCCGACUACUAUGUUUUUUCUCAAGGUGGCUCCUUCAUUAGCUGCUGGCUGUACUAUGGUGGUUAAGCCUUCUGAGAAAACUCCACUCUCCGCUCUUUACUAUGCUCAUCUUUCAAAGCUGGCUGGUUUACCGGAGGGAGUGCUAAAUGUUGUGAAUGGAUAUGGACAUACUGCCGGAGCUGCAAUAUCAUCACAUAUGGACGUUGAUAAAUUAAGUUUUACAGGAUCUCCAGAAGUAGGGUGCCUUGUAAUGCAAGCAGCCGCAACAAGCAACUUAAAACCUGUUACCCUGGAACUAGGAGGGAAAUCCCCUCUCAUCAUUUUCAAUGAUGCCGAUAUUGAUGCUGCAACUGACCAUGCUAUUCAGGGCUGCCUCUACAAUAAGGGUGAAAUUUGCGUGGCAGGAUCCCGUGUUCUUGUUCAAGAAGGGAUAUACGAGGAAAUGAAAAGAAAACUAGCAGAAAAGGCUAAAUCAUGGGUUGUUGGUGAUCCAUUUCACCCUAAUGUUCAACAAGGACCUCAGGUUGACAAGAAGCAAUUUGAGAGAGUACUUUCAUAUAUCAAGAGAGGAAAAGAAGAAGGCGCUGAUUUAUUAGUUGGAGGCGAGCCAUCUGGUGAAAAGGGAUACUACAUUACCCCGACGAUAUUCUCUGAUGUCAAGGAUGGUAUGCAGAUAGCAAAGGAUGAAAUUUUCGGGCCUGUAAUGUCUUUGAUGAAGUUCAAGACUGUAGAUGAUGCAAUACAAAGAGCAAAUGCUACAAGGUAUGGGUUAGCAGCUGGGAUCAUGACAAAGAAUAUAGACAUAGCUAACACCGUUUCACGAUCUAUUCGUGCUGGUACCAUUUGGAUCAAUUGCUACUUUGGGUUCGAUUGCGAUGCUCCGACUGGCGGGUAUAAAAUGAGUGGCUUUGGGAGAGAAUCAGGACUUGAUGGCUUAUAUAUUUACACUCAAGUCAAAUCUGUUGUCACCCCUCUUCACAACUCCCCUUGGCUGUAAACAUAGUACUCGUAAUUGAUAAUAAGGUUUUAAUCGGUGACCAGGGUUUUUUUUUUUUUUUUUUUUUUUUUUCCCCCCUCGGUGAUUUCAUCAUUCCAUGCAUUGGAAUAUAAUCAAUGGUCUAUCUAAUAAGGGGCAUGGGUGACAUGUGCCUCACCAAAAUAUAAAUUUUGGGUUCAAGUCUAUGAGUUAAGUAUAAAACAAGGGACUCAAUUCUUGCAAAAUGUGGAAAAAUGGGAUUCUAUUUAUUUUAUAGAGGGAAAAUGGACUGGGCUAGAAUGGGUUUGGGUUUUCGGUGGGUUUUAAUUAAAUAAGGGAAAGAAUUGAGUCUUCUUGGUUAAACAAUUGAGUCCCUUUGGUCAUUUUUUUUUUGAGUUCCUUCCUCUUUUUGGAACAAAAAUAAGGCAUAGAAUUACAAUACUUUGAAUGUUUAUUUUCUUCAUCAUCUUCAUUACAUCCUCGACCUUCCAACUCCACAUUUCUCUUUAAAAUCAUGACCCUGACUCACGUGGACUAUCAACCCACCUACCACCUAAUAUAAUCACACCCAUCCGCUUUUUUAUAGUUUGGGCAUAUUAGAAAUCUCAUAAAAGGAUGCUUGACUAUCUUAGAAACUCUCCUUAAUUACCUUCUGUUGCAAUAUACACAGGACAUAUCGAUAAUCAAUUUUUUCUUUCUUUAUUUUAUUUUUAUUUAUUUAUAAUUUUAGGGCUCUACAAGCCUUUACUAAAAUUGCAAUGUGUGUUUCUGCUACAAAUGCAAGACAAAUAAGCAACAAACCAGAGAGAUGAAGAACAUGCUUUU